UCUGUACAGACAUGCAAUGCUCUGAAGCAUUAAGGAAGAACGGCUGCAUAUGAAAGCACAACCUUUAGACAGGAGGCAUAUAAAUACGGAUAUUUUAUAUUUAUCUCUGUUUGGCUUUUCCAGCUGCUGCUGCCAUCCAACAAACUUACAAUGCCAUCAAGUUUCUUCUUUAUGCUGGGUUUGGUUGUGGGGACCGUCAUAGCAGUCCAAACAACAGCAACUGAGAGCAAGUCAAAUCGUACCCAAACACCUGAGAGCGAGUCAAAUCGUACCCAAACACCUGAGAGCGAGUCAAAUCGUACCCAAACAACACCUGAGAGCGAGUCAAAUCGUACCACCUUCACCACCAACAGCAGCACAAUGAGCACGACCAUCAAUGUCACAACUACCAUCAAUACAAGUGACUCAAAUACCGAAAUGAACGUCAGCACUGAAUCUCCAACAGGUGAGCCUUCUGGAAACAGCCCAAUAAGUGUCGCUACUACAAGUACAGCAAAGCCCAACAGUCAGACUGUCACUGAAACUAUAUGGACCACAAAGCCUCAAACCACACCUGCACCGGGUGGUUCUGAGACAUCUCCAACCACAAAAGGCACAUCCCCGAAGAGUCCCACGUCCAGUACAAAGACAGCCGGCACUGACAAAACUGGUAUCAUCAUUCUAAUCAUUCUCAUCCUCGUGGUUGUGGUAUUUUUAAUUGCCUGUUACGUGACACAGAAAAGAAGAAGACGCUACUCGGUCGAUUUUUCCUCCAGACAAGAUGAAGUCAACAUCCCUCUCAGCACCGUGGAGCCUGUUGAUACCGCACCUCAAAAUGGUCUGAAAACCUUUGAAAGUACAGAAACUACUGCGAAAGAGCCAGAAGAACCGGACGCAAAGCCAGAAGCCUCAGAUGAAGCUAAACCCGAAGCACAGGAGGAGCAGAAAGCUGAGACUGAUAAAUCUGUUGCUGAUCCCAGCACUGCGUCUGCAACUCCAGCUCCUGCUCCAGCUCCAGACAGCUCUGAGGACAAGCCCAAAGCGGAUGCUGCUGACCCUCCUGCACCUGUGGAGUCCACUGUGGAAGUCAAAACUGAUGACGAGGCCACUGUCUCCAACAAGACUUCAGUGGAGUCCCUGAAGGAGACAAAUGAGAACAACAGCAACAACGCUGGCUUCAUUCAGACGAGAAAUUUGAUCUUCUGGGAAGUUCCUCUCGACUGUCCGCUGUGAGAUAUUGUGGCCGCCUGGUAACCGUGCCGUUCCUCAGAAACUUGACCAAAGAAAAAAGAGGCCGUCGGGGAAAAGGAUAUUUCUAUUCAAAGUGUAUUCACUGAUGACUGUGAUACAAGCUUGUUUUUUUGGAGUAUAUACAGUAAUGUGCAAAAGUCUUGAGCCAACCAAUAUUUCUUUGUAUUUUGCGAGACAAAUCGGAAACAUUAUUUAUUUUUAAACAUGUCCAAGUAUAUGUGGACGUACAAUAUAUAAUUAAAUACUGAGUUUGCAUAAUUCUAGUGAGGUGUAAAGUCAAUAUUUGGUAUGACAAAGGAAAGCUUUCUUGUCAUUUCUUAAAGUAGUCUUCAGGAAUAGUUCUCCAGGCCUCUUGAAGGACAUUCAAAGCUCUUCUUUAGAUGUUGGCUGCUUUUCA